UCCUGGAGGAGGAGGGAGAGGGAGGGGGACACUGAUGUGAUGAUUGAUCCUGUCAUCAGAAUCACAUGGUUUCUGUUCUAAGGAGGAGAAAAUGAGAGGGGGACAAGAUAGACAGGGAGAGAGAGCAGACAGAGUGGUAGAGAAGGAGAGGAGAGAUAGAGAGUCCUGAACUGACUGGAGGAGCCGCUGGGAAAACCUCCACUGUAACCUGCUUGCUUUCUGGCUUCCUUGUGGUUUGGUUCUCAUUGUGUACAACAGAAGGUUCUUUGUUCUGGUUCUUGUAGUUUAGGACAGAAGGUUCUGGUUAUUGGUUAUCAUGGUGUAGGAUAGGAGGCUGUUGGAUCUCCUUCUUGAGGUGUAGUACAGAAGGCUCUGGUUCCAGACUGUGAUUGUGUAGAGCAGAAGGAUCGGGUUCCUGACUGUGAUCGUAUAGAGCAGAAGGUUCUGGAUCCUGACUGUGAUCGUGUAGGACAGGAGUUUCUGGUGUUUCUGUUCUUCAGCUGAAUGGACGCUACAGACAGUCCUGCAACACGCCGAAGGAAGGCAAAGGGGAUGUUUGGUCUGAAGGUGAAGAAGAAGAAGAAGGUGAACACUGUCCUGGUGCUGACCAAUGAGGGGGCCUUAGAUGUAGAAACAGCCUCCAGUUCUUCAGCUCCUUUUGAGGAGGAGGGGAGGACAAAGGAGGAGGUGCCAGGCGUCUCCCCCAAUCCUCCUCCCCCACACCCACCCUCCACCAAGAGGUGUCCUCUGAACACUCAAAUCCAGAAAGAAGACAGCAAGCCGCAGAGCUUCCAGGUGGCUGUUAACAUCACUGAGGCUAGGCAGCUGGUGGGUGAGAAUAUGGACCCCAGCGUGGUCAUCGAGAUCGGAGACGAGAGGAAACAGACGUCCGUUAAAGAGGGAACCAACGCCCCCUUCUUCAACGAGUACUUUGUGUUUGACUUCUUCGCCCAUCAAGAGCUGUUCUUCGACAAGGUCAUCCGGCUAUCAGUGGUCCAUUCCAAGAUGUUAAGGAGUUUUUCUGUUGGGACCUUUAAGCUUGACGUGGGCACAGUUUAUCGGCAGCCAGGUCACCAGUUCACCAAUAAGUGGGCGGUGCUUACUGACCCGAGUAACCUCGGCAUAGGGGUCAAAGGUUACGUGAAGUGUGACAUCAGCGUGUCAGGGAAGGGCGAUACCACGCCCCCUGGACAGAAGGCCAGCGAUGCAGAGGAAGUGAUCGAGAAGAACCUGCUGCUCCCAGAGGGUCUGCCGGGGGAGCGGCCCUUGGCCCGCUUCUACGUCCGGGUCUUCAGGGCAGAAGGCCUUCCCCGCAACAACUCCAGCAUCAUGGCCAACGUGACCAAGGCCUUCAUCGGAGACGCCACGGCGCUCAUCGACCCCUACGUGGUGGUCAGCUUUUUCAGGCAGACCGGCCGCACGUCCACCCAGAAGUCAACGGCGGACCCUGUGUGGAACGAACAGAUCGUCUUCAGGGAGAUGUUCCCUCCGCUCUGUCAGAGGAUGAAGAUCCAGGUCUGGGAUGAGGGCAGUAUGAAUGACGUUGCUAUAGGAACCCACUACAUCGACCUGAGACGCAUAUCCAAUGAACAGGAUGGAGACAAAGGUUUCCUGCCUACCUUCGGUCCGGCUUGGAUCAAUCUGUAUGGAUCUGCCCGUAACUUCUCAUUGGUUGACGACAAUCCCGAGCUUAACGAAGGCAUAGGAGAGGGCGUGUCUUACAGGGGGCGUGUCUACCUGGAGCUGGCAGUAGAGAUCCUGGCGGGGGGGACGGGCUCGGAGCCCAAACUCAGCCGAUUGGUCAAACCAAAAGAGUCCAAGGGGGGGAAGAGCGGGGGCAAGGAGGUCAAGACUACUGCAGGUGGAGCAGGAGGAGCAGGAGGAGGGGGGGCUGAGGAGGACAAGGGGAAGGCAGAGGUCUUACCUGCAGAGCCCCCGCCACAGCUGAACGAGGAGGACAAAGAAAGCUUCCUGCUCUUCGGUUGCGUGUUUGAGGCCACGCUCAUCGACAGGAAGAUUGGAGACAAGCCAAUCAGCUUUGAGCUUUCCGUCGGUAACCACGGCAAUGUGCUGGAGAACCCCUGCCCGUCGGGUGGGGGCUCCGGGGGCAGCAGGAGGUCUCUCCCGGAGAACCCGGACAGGCUGGCCCCCUCUCCCUCCUCCUCCUCCCCCCUCCUGACUGGGGGGACCCCUGACUCCUAUCGCAGGUCUGCGCUGGGUGGAUGCACCCCUGAUUUUCCAAGGAAGUCUCUGCUAGCUGGGGUGACCCCAGACCCCCCGAGGAGGUGUUCUCCACAGACCCAGACCGACUCCUGCACACCUGCAGAGAAACCCCUCCUUGCCCAGGGAAGCAAGUUCUACCUGCAUCUGCCUCUGAGCCAGAAGCCGUGUGUGCAGGUGGUCAGUCUCUGGGAGGACAGAACCUACCGCCUGUUCACCUCCAACCUGCUGGAGAACAUUGCUCUGCACCUGGAAAAGGGCGUGACCGAAGCAGCAGAGCUGAACAAGAAGUCAGAUCCGGGGGCGGAGCAAAUCCUCAAGAUUGUUCUCCAAGGCUUUUGUUUCGAUGCCAGGAAGUUCAUUGUGACAGUGCAGAGCAAGUUGAAAAUGGAGUUGAAGAGAAAUCACCUGACUCAACUGGACAGGAAACGACUCACGAUGUGUAAACAGGAACUGGAAGGUAUUAUUGCAGAGGUGGAGGUGAUGACCGAGAGGAAGAGGAACUCAUCAGGGAUAAAAGGUCUGCUGCAGGAGGCCACCAAGCUGUGCAGGCAAAUCCAGUUCCUGGUGGAGGAGCCUCAGCACACACUGCCAGAUGUGUUUGUGUGGUUGCUAAGCAACAACAAGCGAGUGGCCUACAGCCGCCUUAGGGCCAGAGACCUCCUGUUCUCAGGCAACCCUGAAGAGAGAGGGAGGGACUGUGGCAAGAUACACACUCUGUUCCUCAAGUCCCCAGGUAAGCGUUUGGCUCCCUGGUCGGUCCUAGCUAAGCUGGAUGUGUACCUUUGGCUGGGCAGCUGCAGUGAGUCUGGACACCUGCUGGAGGACCUCCCUGCAGGGUUCAACCCCAUCACAGAGGGCUGGGACCCGCUGGGACCCCCCACGCACCUAGUACCUGCAGGCCAGCAUGAGUUCCAGCUGCGAUGCCACAUGUACCAGGCCAGAGGGCUCAUCGCCGCAGACACCUCUGGCCUGUCUGACCCCUUUGCCAGGGUCACCUGUCUGUCCACCUGUCUCACUACUAACAUCAUCAACCAGACCCUGAGUCCUACCUGGAACCAGUGUUUGGUGAUGGAUCGACUGCUUCUGUCUGGAGACCUGAAGCUCAUCCAGCAGGAACCGCCUCGCAUCGUCAUCGAGGUGUACGACGACGACGCCCUGGGUAAGGCAGAAUACCUGGGGUCCACAGUAGCGGUGGCGGAGGUGUCCCUGCGGAGGCAUGGACCCUACAGCGCUCCCAAGCUGCAGUACAGCAGACUGCAUCACGGCUCCCAGGAUGGAGGAGAGCUGCUCGCUGCCUUCGAACUGCUGGAGAUCCCAGAGUCUGGGGAGGAAUGGCUUCCUCCGCUAGAGGAAGUGGGCGGAAUCUAUCGUGUGCCGGCUAAUGUCUGCCCUGUCCUCAGCCACUAUCGCCUGGAGGUUCUGUUUUGGGGUUUGCGUGAGCUGAGGAAAGUUCAGUUGCUAUCUGUUGAUCGGCCUCAGGUCUUCAUAGAGUGUGCAGGUAAAACACUGCGAUCCUCUGUGAUCCAGAGUUACAAGUCCAGUCCCAACUUCACCACCUUGGUGGACACCAUCAGGCUGGAGCUACCAGAGAACGAGCUCCUCCACCCUCCUCUCUCCAUCAGUGUGGUGGACUGGCGUGCAUUCGGUCGCAGCACUCUGGUGGGAAACCACAUCAUCAACAACCUUACCUUCUAUAAAUACACCCCAGCGCCGCCCUCCCCCACCUCCCUCCGAGGGCCUCCCGGCCCCGCCUCCCUUAGGGCCCCCCCCGGCCCUGCCUCCCCACAGGCCCCCCCUGGCCCCACACCCUCCCCUGAACCCCUGCCAGAAGUGUUGCAGCAGGGCUCAGAGACCGGCUCUACUGUACCGACCAUUCAGGACGUCCUGAUCACUGUAGAGGAGGAAGCCCCUCCUCCCACCCUGGCCACUGCCAGGACAGAAGCUUCUCUCAAGAAGAAAAAAAGCUUCCGCUCCUCCAAGCGUAAGAAGAGAACCAUCGCUGAUGAGUCGGCUGAGAACGUCAUCGACUGGUGGUCCAAAUACUACGCCUCUGUUGAGCGACUGGAGCAGUCAAGACAGAAAGAAGUUCAUCCCUUCCCCCAGGUGUUUGAUAAAGCUUCUUCUUUCCAGAAUCUUCUGAGUGACAGCGUCGCUGGUUUGGUCAGCAGCCAAUCAGAUACAGAGAAGAAGCAGAAAACAAAAGGAGCGCUGACCCCAACCAAACUAGCUACACUACUGCUGUAUGAUAAGGAGCUGGAGGUGGUGUUCGGUCCGUUCGAUGACUGGGUGACCUCGUUUGACCUCUACCGGGGCAAGGCCAAUGACUCUGAUGGCUCCAAUGACCAGAGAUUUGUGGGGAAGUUCAAGGCCCGGUUCUUUCUGAUCAAGCUGGACCAGGAUGAGGAAGAGGAGGAGGACCUUGGUCAGUUACGGGUCAACCGAGGAAUCCCCCCGAACGGACCCGCCAAGGUCCUGAUCCGGGUCUACGUUGUCUCGGCAUCAAACCUGCACCCUGCGGACGCGGACGGGAAGUCAGACCCAUACAUAGUCCUCCGCCUGGGGAGGAAGGAGAUCAAGGACAGAGAGAACUACAUCCCCAAGCAGCUCAACCCCGUGUUCGGGAGGUCGUUUGAGUUCCAGGCGGUCUUCCCCCAGGAUUCAGUCCUAUCAGUGCUGAUCUACGACUAUGACAUGGUGGGAGGAGACGAUCUGAUUGGAGAGACCAGGAUCGACCUGGAGAACCGAUUCUAUAGCCGUCACCGAGCGACCUGUGGCCUGCCCAGCGAAUACAGCCUGGCGGGCUACAACGCCUGGAGAGACAGUCUGAAGCCCUCUGAGUUGCUGGCUAAGCUGUGCAGAGACAGCCAUCUGGAGGAGCCUCUGUUCAGACCCGGCAGGAUCACAGUGGGGGACAAGGUCUUCACCGGCAAGACCGUCUUCAUGGACGAAGACGUCCCAGUGGAGUCCUACGAGCACCUGUCUCUGAAGAUCCUGCACCGCUGGGGGGAGAUGCCCUCAGGCUGCAGGCUGGUCCCGGAGCAUAUCGAGACCCGGACCCUGUUCAACAAGGCCAGACCCGGCCUAGACCAGGGUCAAGUCCAGAUGUGGGUAGAUAUGUAUCCUGUGGAUCUUCCUCAUCCUGGACCCUCAGUGGACAUCUCUCCACGCAAGCCCAAAGGGUAUGAGCUGCGUAUCAUCAUCUGGAACACUGAGGAUGUGGUUCUGGAGGACACUAACUUCUUGACGGGACAGCAGUCCAGCGACAUCUACAUCAAAGGAUGGCUGAAGGGUCUGGAGGAGGACAGACAGGAGACAGACGUUCACUACAACUCUCUGACUGGAGAAGGAAACUUCAACUGGCGCUUCGUGUUCCCCUUCCAUUACCUCCCCGCUGAGAAGGUGCUGGUGAUCUCCAAGCGGAGCAGUAUCUUCUCUCUGGACUGUUCUGAACAGAAGCUGCCGGCCGUUCUGGUUCUCCAGGUCUGGGACUUCGAGAGGCUGUCCUCAGAUGACUUCCUAGGCUCGGUGGAGCUGGACCUCCACUCCUUCCCCAGGGGGGGUAAGUCGUCUAAGAGCUGCAGGCAAGAGGCGCUGCAGGAGGCAGGGGACCGCAUCUCCAUCUUCCAGCAGAAGAGAUCCAGGGGCUGGUGGCCCUUAGAGAAGGCUGGGGAACUCACCGGUAAGGUGGAGGCGGAGUUUCACCUGGUGACAUCAGAGGAGGCCGAGAAUCACCCGAUUGGUCGAGCCCGCAAGGAACCAGAACCUCUGGAUAAACCAAACCGUCCAGACACAUCUUUCUCGUGGUUUGUGAAUCCCUUCAAGUGCUUCUUCCACCUCAUCUGGCGGAACUACAAGAAGUACAUCAUCGCCGCCCUCAUCCUCCUCAUCACUGCCCUCUUCCUUGCCCUGAUCCUCUACACGCUGCCAGGUGCCAUCUCCCAGAAGAUGGUCAAUGGAUAACACACAAUUUAUAGUAUCCACAUUAUCAGUUAGUUGUCUUCUAUAACUGUAUGUUUAGUUGAAUAUGUGCUCUAGCCAUUACCACUGCUGCAACAAAGAGAACAUGCUUAUACUGUUAGUUGACAGCCUAAUUAAAGGAUAACCUGAUGCUACAUGAUACUACUGUUGGUUUGUAGCCUGAAUUAAGCUAACAUGCUAAUACUGCAAGUGUAUAGCUUGGUAAAAGCUAACAUGCUAAAACUGGUGGUAUAUCUAGUAGGAGAGUAUUUAAAGAGCAAGUAAACCGAAUGUUUCAGUUGGAAUUAAAACACACAGCAACUUUGUGAUAUUUCUUAGAGCCAUUGUAGUGUAUGAGGGUUAAAAUAAGAGAUGUUGUAUUUAGGUGGUAGGUGUUGUACUAUAAGUGUCCAAUAUUUAAUCCUCACUAGGACGCAGACAUUAAAAUAAACAGCUGCUUAGGUAGAGUUCCACACAUCCACUCACAACAUGGCCUUAUACUAUUGGUGUCCGAGAAGCUUAACCAGUGUUAACAAAAAAAUCACAAGAAGUCGCUAUUGGUUUUCUGAAAAGUCGCUAGAACGUGCUAGUUUGCAGUGUCGUGAUGUGUACACUAACACGUACUCAGGUAUAAAAUGCAAUGUUCACAAUAAUAUCACCACGUUUAAAGCAAUUGAUUUUUGAAUUUUUGGGACACUGGCUCUUUAAUGAUUCACUUUAUUUUCCUAUUUCUAUCCUCUCAAUAUUUAUUUGAUGAAUUAUGUUAACAUACCCAUAGCUGUAGAUAGCAGUUUGAAUCAAAAAAUUAUACUUAAUAAUUGUUAGAAGCAGCAAUUCUUGACAUCUGUGAUAUUUAGUAGUGAUUUUUUAAAUUUAAAACAAGAACCAUUAUCUAUUUCCACAUCGGGUUUCUAGGAUUGAAAUACUAUGAAUAUCAAAUAAUGAACCAGACCCAGAGUUAACCUUCGUUUUUCAUCAUUUUAACAGUCAUUACAUUUGGUUGCAUGUCGAUGACAUCAUACAACCCUUACCAGCGAUCAUCCGGGUAAACAGGCAAACACACAAUCCACACUUCACUAGCCAGACCCUGACCCAUGUCAGCAGGACCCUGACCCAUGUGUCAGGGGCAGGGUUGGAAUUUCACGACGGCCAUGGCCGUCGUUGCCCCGCACUUUGGCCUUGAUGCCCUUCUGAAAAUCGUAUGCCCAUCGGCCACUGUGGCCUCGGUGCCCCUCGCUCUGCCCGUUUUGUUUAUUUCUUUCCCCCCUGCCUCUGCCCUCUCCUGUCAAGUCCGCCCCGACAACGGAAUGUUAGUACAUGUACUUGAUUUGUCACAACAGUAACGUAAUCAACAAGUGUGACCAAUAAAAUGCAAGCGUUAAAGGUCCCAUGGCAUGCUACUUUAUGGAUGCUUUAAUAUAGAUAUUAGUAGGCCCCAAACACAGUAUUUGAAGACGUUCCCGAUAUUCAGCCGUGGUGCAGAAUUACAGCCACUACAAGCCAGUCGCACAUUGAGCUUUCCCCAAUUGUGCCAUUUCGGUGUAUGCAGCUUUAAUGCAAAUGAGGAGGAGAGAGGCGGGUCAAGGAGGAGGGUGGGGUGUGGCCCUGAGCAGCUUGCAGUCACGGUACCAUGAGCUGUUUACAGUGGAUGUAUCACAAUGGCGAGGCGCAAACAGCCUUUAGCCGUGUACUGUAAAUAUUGUAGAACCCACGGGAGUCCUGGAGCUCCAUAUCUAAAUAAUAUCAUAUUAUUAGGGGUGUGAAUCUUUGGCUUCAGACGAUUCGAUUAACGAUUCAGUAGUUGGCGAUUCGAUUCAAGGACAAUUUUUUUUUUUUGGAACGAUUCGAUUCGAUUCGAUUCUGUAAACCACGAUUCGAUUCAGUAACUUUGAACCAAAAUUCUAUAUCAGUGAAAUAAACAUGCAAUAAUGUGACACCCUGUCAUGGGUAGAUGUGUUGGAGCGUCUUGAACUAGGUGGAAAAUCACUCAGGAGCCGACGAGAAGUUUGGAAAAAGAUGGGAUCUUUUAUUUUCCCCAUUUAAGGCCCAUAAGGCAAUAAAACGAAAAUCAACAAAAAUAAAAAUAUUUUUCACUAAACAAACUGAAUGGGCUUGACUGGACCUUUGUAUUAUUGCUAGAUUUUGGCGUAGCCAAAAUAUACAAAAACUGCAAUAAACAUAAUUACAAAAACUCGGGGUCACUUCCGGUUUACCCGGAAGUUCAGUGAUGUUGCUAGGUACGCGUCCUGCGUCGCUGACGCAUUAAAAUCUGAAAGGACGCACUAAACUCACUAUCCAUGCGUCCCGGGGACGCAUCUCAUUUUCCCCAUGAAAAACGAUACAUUGUGAACAUUAAACAACUCGUGUUUAAUCACAGUAACUGGCCAAAGAAACCUUCUUGUGAGCAGACCGGACAAGCGCUGUUUCAACCCUCUGCGCAUCUACUAGACGUGAUCCCCUGUACGAAGUAUCGCGACAUGCUAAUAUAGCCGCUACCAAAACAACUAGCUCGUCACCGCUGAUUUCAUUUCAACAAUUAAAAAUACGAGUAAAUAAACCCACGUUUCCACCAUUUUGUUUUGAUUUGAAUUCUUGUCAUUUAUUUUGGUGCUAUUUGUGAUGCUACAAAAAUCCUGUUUGAUUUGAAUGUAAUAUGUCAUGCCACUGUGACAGUUCUGCAAUAAACUUUUCAGAUUUUGAAUUUUAUUUGUUUAAUUUCAGAUACAUUUUGAACAUACAUUAAUAUAUCCGUUUAUUAUAACCAUAUCAUACCACCAUCAAGGAGUUUAACACUAUUAAUUUAAUUUAAGAAAUAGAAUAAUAAUAAAAAAGAAACACAUUUUUUAAACUGGGGAGUCGGGACCCAUUGAAUUUCUCGGGGACCCACCCAACUCGCCACCUGUGGGUCCCGGGGACUCACUACAUUGAAAACCUAUCAACAUCACUGAAGUUAUGACGUUAAUUUAAACCCCGUUGACGCGGCACACAUUCCCUAAUACAAAGUCUAGAGAGACGCUGAUAAGACGAACAUUUACGCUGUGUUAACAUGUAACUUUUAAACUAAAUAAACAAACCUGGAAUUUGACAACGACAUACUUGUUUGAAUGGUUAUUGCAACAGAACAGGUGACGUUAAUGGUAAAUGGUAUUAAACAGAACGUUGUAAUGAUGGUACUUGCAAGAUUGUAUUAAACUGCCGUAGCGCGCAUGAUAAAUGACAUGGUUGAUAAAUGAUUUUAAAACAGUAGGAAGGUAACGGAAUACAUAGUCAAACAAGACAAACACACACAGGCAACAUUGACGGAAGCUAUGCGCCCCGUCACACACCCCUUGUAAAUUUUACCAUUAUUCUUUGCGAAGCCAAAAUGCUUCCACACUUUGGAUUUCAAGUUUGCUGGUGCAUUAACAAUCUCGCUGCCGCUCUCUGCCAUGUUUGAAAUGCACCAGUAGAGGGUGAGGGAGAAAAAAAACUCUCGUUGGACUUCCUUGCAAGCUGACUAGCUGAUGACAGAGUUACGGAUUACCGAGCUGCACUUCACAAAAUAAACGUGUAAACUAAGUCUUAAAACCUUAAUCAUAAUAUAUUCAUACGAUUUAAAGCAUCUAUAUCGAUUAUUGGUGAAGCCAAAGCAAUUCAUUCUAUUUAUUUAUUUUAGCAGAUCGAUUUAGUUGAAUCUGUAGGACUGACAAUCGAUUCAUCGAUGCAUCGCAUGAAUCGUUACACCCCUAGUUGAUUCUCAACAAACUAUCAGUCGAUGUUCAACUAAGCAUUAGUAGAGAGGUCUUAGGACUGUCAAAUUAAAGUGAAAACAGUUGAGAACAGUAGACACUCUACAAACUAGUAACAGUACAAAAUAGAGACAAGUUUUGCACUGGAUGACCGCAAAGUGAAAUAAACAACACAUAAGCAGCAUAUCAGAAAAGAAAGCAACUUUAUUAUUUAAAAAAAAAACUAAACUUUAACAGAACUUUUUUUACAAAGGAAGAGUUCAAAGAGUCAAAAGAACCAAGAAUACUAUAAACCGUUUGAACAGAUACAACAAAAACUUUUUUUUCAAAAAUAAAUUAAAACACUCUCCUUUCUCCUCUGUCCAUUUCAGCCUAUGAUCAAUGCCAAGCUCUGCUUCCUAUGUCUGAUAGGAACGCCUUAUGUCCUUGACAAGCCUGCCAAGGACACCUUCUGAAUUUUUCCUCGCUAACCAGUAGGUCCACUCAAUAAAGCAGCGCUGCUCUUUCAAGGCCUUCUCCGACCGAUUCCCCCGCAUUCUACAAAUUUCCUUUUUAUAGGUCUGCCACACUCUCUCGAGGUUCUGGGUAUGGAGUCCUGUCUGAGGGUCAACAUAAUGUUGGCUGUGGUUCACCCUGACAUGCCUGUAGCCCUCUGUGGCGAGACCGGCAUACGCUCUCCACUCAUCACUUACGACGAGACUGUUGCGCUUCACAUGCUUUUUGAUGAUAGGAACAAGGGUCUCCUUAUUUCGUCUCUGCACGAGGCGAAGAAUAGGACGCCUGUCAGACCGUUUGAUUUGGAGCAUUCCAAAGACCCAUGUCCUUUUUCUCCUCCAGCUGUUCCCGAAGCGCCCUCUUCCGUACUGCCAAAACACAAUGUAAAUGUUAUAAAAUAAAUAAUACCCUAGUCAAAUAUAAACAUAAUCAAGAAAACCACUCAAUGUUAUAUUACAGCCAGUGAGAAGUAGGAUGAGUAUGCUAAUUUCCAAAUGAUAUAAAUAAUGGAGUAAUAUAAAAACUUUUGUUUUUUUAAGUUUGGAAUGCAUAUUAUUAUUAGUAUGUGUUGUUGCAUGUCAACAGUGAAUGAGUUGAUAACUCUUUCAUGCAUUGAACUACCUGACAGUUACCUAGAAGUUGCAUUAUUACCUUGAUAUGAUAUAGCCUACGGCCUAAUUUUUGAGUUUAUGCUCUUUUCUUCCUAUUUCUUAUUUCAGCUUGCUCUACCUGAAAAAACUAUAAUGUAGCCCAUGUUUUCUUAAGGUAUAGAUUAGUUAUAGCAAAUAGUAUCAAAACACUCCGAGGCGUCUUCCAUACUUCUUGAAAGAUGCAUACAGCACACAAGUCAUGACCUUGUAACUUUUCAUCGGCCCCUCCAAUAUGCCGAUUUGCAUGUGAAUACAGUACAUAGUGCUAUUUAUUUGAUUAGAUUAACAUCAUCAAGUACUUAAAUUAAUAAUUUAUUUCAACUGGUUAAAACCAUUCCAGGGAAAAUAUUUUGAAUGGUGAGGCUUUAAAUACAAAUUCAGAAAAUUCAGAAAUUAUGUUCAAAGAGCCAAACUUCCACAAUAAUUAAUCUAAAAGUAAAGCUUAAAGAUUUCUCUUGAAGACAAUUGAUAUUUCAACAUUAAGUUUUUCUCUCAGGACCGCAGUCGCUCACUAUCUUCCGAAAAGGACUCAAGACUCACCUGUUCAGAGUUCACCUCGACUCUGCAUAGCCACCUUUCCUCUUCUGACCACCAUUGUACACUGUAUUGUAGUGUAUUGUAUUGUAUUGUAUUGUAUUGUAUUGUAGCACUUAAUAGUAUUGUAUUGUAUUGUAUUGUAUUGUAUUGUAUUGUAGCACUUAACUGUGUAGCAACUGCAGCAGCUGCUAUCAUGUCUGUAAUACAGGGAAUUGAUUAGCCUAGCGAUUGUGGUACUUGCACUUGGUUCUAUGAACAUCCUUUCUGUACCGACAGCGAUAUAUUGAUGCACUUCUUAUGACAAAUGUACUUAUUGUAAGUCGCUUUGGAUAAAAGUGUCUGCUAAAUGCCCUAAAUGUAAAUGUAAAUGUAAUGUUUUUAAUAAAAUCCAAAACAAGAACUGAGGAAAGAUCCGAUUUUUGAGGAGUUGAAAUUGAAUGACCCCAUAUUUAGUGAAGUAUAUUACAAAUAUACCUUGCGCCUAUGGCAGAACUUGCUCUCGUCAAUGUGGACGAUAGCGUUGACUCCACCAAUUUUCUGGCCUUUUUUUUCUCCUGUGCCUUUUAAGGCUUUUUAGGCAAAU